AUGUCUGCCUCCGCCGCAGAUGCCAGCCGGCCCCGGCCUGCUGAUACCAAGAAAGUGCACAUCACCGAAACCCCAAUGACAAUGAAGAACUGGUACAAGCACGUCAACUGGCUCAAUGUGACCUUUAUCAUCGGCGUUCCGCUGUGCGGUCUCGUCCAGUCCCUGUGGGUUCCUCUGCAGUUCAAGACUGCUGUCUGGGCUGUUCUAUACUACUUCUACACCGGUCUAGGCAUCACAGCUGGAUACCAUCGUCUCUGGGCUCACUGCUCGUACUCUGCAACUCUUCCCCUGAGGAUCUUCCUCGCUGCUGCCGGUGGCGGUGCUGUCCAGGGCUCUAUCCGCUGGUGGUCUCGUGACCACCGUGCUCACCACCGUUAUACCGACACCGACAAAGACCCGUACUCUGUUCGCAAGGGUCUGUUGUACUCGCAUAUCGGCUGGAUGGUAAUGAAGCAAAACCCCAAGCGCAUCGGCCGUACCGAUAUCUCCGAUCUGAACGAGGAUCCCAUCGUCGUGUGGCAACACCGCAACUUCAUCAAGGUCGUCAUCACCAUGGGUCUCCUCGUCCCCAUGUGUGUUGCCGGUCUGGGCUGGGGUGACUGGAUGGGUGGUUUCAUCUACGCCGGUAUCCUGCGCGUCUUCUUCGUCCAGCAGGCCACCUUCUGCGUCAACUCUCUCGCCCACUGGCUCGGAGAUCAGCCAUUUGAUGACCGCAACUCCCCUCGUGAUCACGUCGUCACUGCUCUGGUCACUCUCGGCGAGGGUUACCACAACUUCCACCACGAGUUCCCCUCCGACUACCGCAACGCUAUCGAGUGGCACCAGUACGACCCCACCAAGUGGUUCAUCUGGGUCUGCAAACAACUGCGUCUCGCCUACGACCUCAAGCAGUUCCGUUCCAACGAAAUCGAAAAGGGCCGUCUCCAGCAAUUACAGAAGAAACUCGACCAACGCCGUACUAAACUCGACUGGGGCGUUCCUCUCGACCAGCUUCCCGUCAUGGAAUGGGAUGACUAUGUCGAACAGGCCAAGAACGGUCGUGGCCUGGUCGCUAUUGCCGGUGUCGUCCACGACGUGACCGACUUCAUCAAGGACCACCCCGGUGGCAAGGCCAUGAUCAACUCUGGAAUCGGCAAGGACGCGACCGCCAUGUUCAACGGCGGUGUCUACUACCACUCCAACGCCGCCCACAACCUGCUCUCCACCAUGCGUGUUGGUGUUAUCCGCGGUGGAUCCGAGGUUGAGAUCUGGAAGCGCUCUCAAAAGGAGAACUCCAACGUCGACUACGUGCGGGACGCGAAUGGCCAGCGUAUUAUUCGUGCGGGCGAGCAGGUGACCAAGAUCCCUGAGCCUAUCGCCACUGCCGAUGCUGCGUGA